AUGCCCUCGUGCCGCAUUGCGUUGGUCUGUUUAGCCGUUGCCUGCCGCUGCCGCCGUUUAGCCCGACAUAGCGUGCUCCCCUUGACCAACCAGGCUUUGGAAGCCGGCUGUAGGAUGUCUUGGGUGCGCGGCAAGUCGGGCAAUGGGCCAACCACCUUGCUCACUUCGAGGAGUGUUCCUGCUGAACUUUGGAGUGAAGAUGACGCGUGUUCCAGUCCGGAGAGAGGCUUCGUGCGUACGCUGAGUGUCGUCGCUCUGGACACGAUGGCACCAGUGCAACUGGAGGCUCUUCCGGCGCGGGCCAAGAAGUGGGCCGUGAAGCGCCGCUUUUGGAGUGUGAUCUUGCUCACCGUUGCGGUGCUUUUGGGUCUCGAGCGGCGUCUGGGCGGACAGGCUAUGCCGCGAAAUGCAGAAGAGGCCCAAGUAAAAGAGAACAGGUCCUUUCUGAAGGGUGGAUCUGUCUACCAGAACGAGUACAUGACCCUGUGGAAUGCGAACGAGGUCGCCAUUUCCGCUACCCUUCGAAUGCAGGACUCCGAGCAUUUCGAGCUACGCAUAAACAAUUUGGACUCCAAAGGUGGUGGCAAUCUCGGCUGGUUCGCUGUGACCGGUUCAUUCCGGUUGGAGCCAGUGGGAGCUGGCAAGCUCAAAAUAUUACCCGCAAAAAAAGCUGCGGGAAAGAGUGAUAUGGUGUUCAGCUUCGACGAAAGCCUUCACGAUGGAGCCGCUUUGUUUUUGUACCGGUGCUUGAAGCGCCUUGGUGGCCCCGGUAUCCUGAACUUCCUGCAGCUGGAGGUGGACACUAAGAAGGAUUCUGUUUUCGUUGCCCCAACUGCACGUCUCCUUCGCGCUCUCUGGGACCAGCCCGUGGUCCUGAGGCUCACCUCCGAGGACGGGAAGUUUUAUGAUUGUAUGAUUGACCAAUCCAGGCUUGACCGCUGA